GCCGCUCACCAGGUCCAGGGGCUGAGUGGCCCUGGGCAGACUUUCUGCAGGGCAGAGCUUGUGCACUUUGGAGCAGUUCUGGGGGCAUCCUCAAGAUCUGCCUGCAGCCUCUCAGCUCAGAGAUUCUGCCCCCACUUCAUUGGCGGUGCUGGCCCUGCUUGCCAUGGCCCUGGAGCUGCUGACACCGACGUCCUUCCUUCCUCCUCCACAGGAGUCCAGCACGGUGCGGCAACUCUCCAUCGACCUCUUCCUCGAAACGCUCAACUACGUGGAGGACCAAGAAAAGAGGAAGAUGCAGGAGGAGGUGUGCAGGAGCCUGGUCCUGCUGUAUCUGCACCUGCAUGAUGAGGAAGAGAGCGUGGCCAAGGCCUCCCAGAAAGCCCUCCUUGGUGCCGCACGGUUCCUGCGCUGGAGGCGGCUGGAGCACCUGGUACAGACAGCACAGUUCUGGCAGAUCGGCGAGUGCAUGGUAUGCACAUUCCCACACCCCACGACAGGGUCGGGACCGCCCUGCGCUAACCCUGCGCUCUUCCCACUCCAGCUGGACAAGAGGAGGAGGAAGAGUGCAGCACAGGAGUACCUGGGCCAGAGCCUGCUCUACCUACAGAGCCCGCAGGAGUCCCUGCGGCGGGAGGCCGUGAGGUUCAUCGGACUCUUAGGGCAGCACAUGAGGGAUCAGGAGCAGGCUGAGACAGAGUACAUCUACCAACGUGAGUCAGGGAGUGGGAUGUCCGGACAGCCGGCAGGCAACGUGCCUGUCCCCUGCUCCCUCCUAUCGGAGGGGAUGGCUGGGCGCCCUGCAGGUACACAGCUGUCAUCGAGCCUCUGUUCCUCUGUUCUCUCAGGCCUUCAGGAAGCGCAGCAAGACCCCAGUCCAUUUGUCUCUUCGCUGGCCCUUCAGACACUGAAGAUCCUGAAGGAAACGAGGCCACGUCCACCGCAAGGAGACUUUGGGCAGCUCUUCUCCAGGCUCCGCAGCGCGUGGAGAAGGUGGCGCUCCUCUCGGGCACACCGCUGAGUGCCCUGCAAAGCUCCCAGCAUCUCCUCCUGCACACUGCUCAGCUCCGCUCCUCCGGCACAUCCCUUCCCCAGUGCUGUGCAGCUCUUCACCCCGCACUGCCAUCUCCAUCAGCACGAUUGCCUGUCUUCUCUGUGUGAAAUGGGAAAACAACGCAGGAGAUCAGCAUUGCCCUGAGAGGAACAGAACGUGCAGCGCUCCCUGCCGCUGCCACACGCUUUCAGCCAACACCAGCAAUCACCAACUGCUCUGCUGCAAAACGGAGUGGUAAGGGAAACGCAGGCAUACAUCCAGAAGAGGAACAUACAGAGGAGGAGUUAACACAGUUUCUAGAAGGAAAUUAGAACUCAUGAGCUACUGAAGUUGUUGGAAGGAGUUGUGGAGCACAUGGAUAACAAAGACAUGCCCGAUAAGCUACUGCUGAAUUUCCAUAGGGUUUCUAAUAACGUUCACCACUGACACUUCUUAAAAAAGUAACCUGUCAUGGGACAGAAAGACACGAGUCCAACGUGCCAAAUGCUCAAAUAAGAACAACACCAAAAUAAAGCCACAAAGCCUCCAGUGUGCUCCCUGCUGCUCUAGCAGCAGUUGCAUAGAGAUCACAGCAUAGAUUUCUGCUGCAGGCUGAACUGCUCAAAGCGUUCAGAAAUCACCAGGAGAAGGGGGCAAACAUCAAGAUGACAAAGUUUGCUCUACUCACUAAAGCACCUGUUGUCAUAAAAGCAUAACACUGUAUUGCAGAGAACUGCAGAGGGUUCUCGCAGAGGUUCUGAUGAAACCGGAAAUAAAACCCCAGACUGAUAAAGUAAUGCACACAGAGAAAGCUGAUCCUAACUCCUGACACACUGUGAUUGACUUUGGAAUUGCCAUUACCACUCAGGAGCGAGAUUUUGCUGUUAUAGACAGCUCUGUAAGCACAUCAAUUCAGUCUUCAGUAGCAGUGAAAAAAACAAAUGGUAGGAGCAAUUAAAAAUAAUUUCCCCCCUUUUUCUCCCCAUUGUAACAAGCUGUCCAACUAGAAAAAGUACAGAAGACAGCAAAGAUAACCAAAGAAAUGAAACUGCUUCCAUUCAGAUGGACAACUAAAUACAUCAGAGCUGUGCCUGGAAGAGACAGCUAAGAGAAGGAUGAAGAUCCUACAAGAUACUAGAAGCUGUGGAAGAGGUAGACAGGAAACAAGUGCUCAGUAGCUUUCAUAAUACAAGAGCUGUGGGAUGGCAAAUGAAACUGCAACUUGUAAUUCCACUGUAGAAUGCACUGCCUGAGGAUAUGAAAGUUUACAGAGGUGAAGUGGAACGCGAAGCAAGAGGAAAAUGUGAGCACGUGCUUCUCUUGUUCUUCAGUAUGUUCCCAGGCAUCUGCUUGCAAACUGUCACAAAGAGGCUCGAGGUUUGGGAAACAGUAGGAAUUACACUGGACCAAACAAUUGCAUCACAGCCUGUGUUCUAUUUCUGCAUCCACCGCCAUCCUGCACUGCCCUGAAUACUCUGGGCCUGGCCUAGCUCAACACAGCUUUACAGCCCAUGUGUUCUUCUGCUCUGCAGCACCACUGCCAGCACAGCUGGGUCUCCUUGUGGUGGAAGCCCUCUGGCCAACACCCAGUACCAACAGGGUGCGAUGAGGAUGCCCUCAUGUAUGCACACAGAUGAAGAAACAGUAAUGGACCAGAGUACCAAAGUAAGCAAAACCCCUUUUUAGUUACAUGAGCAAAAUAAUCCUGAUGCAGAAAUAAGGCUUUGCCUGGAAGAGAAAGGCAGCUUCAGAUACAUGGCAUAAAGGGAACCCGCAUGGCUGCGCAAGCACCGUGAGCAGGCAGGUCCCAAAGAGGCACAGACUGUUCUGCCAGCACUGUGCCACGUGGUGGGGGGAGCCUGAAGGUCACCAAACCCUCCUCCAAUUCUCUCUCCCUCCCGAAACACCUGAGCUCAGUAACUGCACCUGAAUUGGGAUGGGGAACUGCCUGCCAUCCAGCUUUCUGCCCCUGUCGGGGACACAAGGUGCUCGCAGACAGCAUCGGAGAGCAGCAUCAGACAGGACAGAGAGCUUAGAGUACUGAGGAAAGGUCAGCAUAACUGCACCUUCCCAGGCUGAGCAGGAAGCAGCACUAAGCACCUCUAAGAAGAACGGCUACCUGCGAUUUCUGUGGAAUAAGGAACACUCCUCUGGAGCAUUUGAAGAGGCAGCGAGCAGCAACCAAUACAAGACUCCAGCAGGCUUCAUGCCGCUGCCUUGGGUUUUGGUAAGGAAAAAAUAAAUAAAGCACUUCGUGCAAUUAAUUAGA